AUGCAAUCACUUAAUAGGUCCAUACUCAGAUCAGCAUUGUUCCAAAAGAACAACCCUGUGGCAACAGUUGUAGCUGCUGCACACUUCAAUCAUAGACCAUCACUCAAGACUAAAGCAAAUAUUUCAUCGAUAUUCAGAGGUGCAUCAUCAUCAGCAUCACAUCAACAACAACAGUUCAUCUUGAUCACUGGUCUCACAAACAUCUCAAACUCAAACAUAAACACAAACUCAAACUCAAAGUUUGGCGUGAGAUACUACUCCACGCCCAGCAACACAGGCAACAGCAACACCACUGGAAACACAACCACAACAUCAGACCUUUCACUUGGAAACCCUAUCAACACUGAGGGAAUCAACUCGGUGGCCGAGGUCAAUGUGUCACAUCAGUUGGUGGACGCGAUCACGACCUCUUUGCCACCACCCCCACCCAACCCCAUCAUCGAAGCCGUCACCAACUUUAACGACUCGAUCGUCGAGGCGGUCAAUCAGUUCGCCGUGUCCACCGGCACCCCGUGGUGGCUGUGCAUCGUCACGGGCACCAUCAUACUGCGCACGCUGCUUCUGCCCUUCACGGUCAAGACACAGCGCAACCAGGUCAAGAUGAUGGCCGUGCGCGAGGAGAUGGAGAAGAACUCAUACCUGAACGACGGCACGAUGGAGGGCCGCAUGAAGCUGAUGGCGCUGCAGCAGGAGCUGUCGGCCAAGAACGGCGUGUCGCCCCUCUCCAUGAUGGGUCUGGCCAUCGCCCAGGCGCCCUUCUACAUAUACUUCUUUGUGCUGAUCAGGAACGCCUGCAUGGAAUUCCCGCAGUACCUGAGCCAGGGCGGCAUGCUCUGGUUCAGGGACCUGUCGGCGAUGGAUCCCACAUACAUGCUGCCCGUGCUCUCGUCAUUUUUCCAGUUCAUCAGUGUGCGCAUGACCUUCACCGAGGGCACCAACAUCGUGAUGAAGACGCUGAUGGGCGGCCUGUGUCUGAUCCCGCUGUUCUUCACACUGACCUUCCCCGCGGGCCUCAACAUCUACUGGUGCGUCAACUCGCUGAUCUUCAUCCUACAGAACUGGCUGUUCCGCAAGGUGUCCGUCAAGAAGUUCUUCAACAUCCCGCUGAGCAAGGCCGAUGUGGGCAUCAAGACGUCCACCAUCCAGUACGCGCCCGUCAAGAAUGUCGCACCCACCAUCACCGAGGAGUUGGCCAAGAAGGACAAUGCAGUCCUCGUCGACAAGUUGACCAAGUUGCGUCAAGAGGUCAAGACCGCCAAGACACGCGCCAUGGAUGAGAGCUUUGGUACUCGUCGCAGAAAGUGA